AUGAGUCGAAGUGUAGAGAAAUCAAGAACUGUGGAAGAUGCAUCUGAUAGAACUAAACCAUGGCAAUUGUCUGAAAUUCUGGAUCAUGUUCAAUGUCGAUCAGUUACCUUGCCUGACAACACAGACUCUUUCAGCAAGGUUGUACGACUUUUAUAUACAAAUUCUGCUGUUGGUGUUUUGGCCCUUGGUUCUAAUGGCGUUCAGAAGCUUUGGAAAUGGGCUCGCAAUGAAAAGAAUCCUACUGGGGAAGCUUUGGAAAUGGGCUCACAAUGA